AGCUUAUUGGGUUUUAGAUCACAAAACCUUGCUCGGCUCCCAUGGCGGCCUCUCUUAUUAGUGGCGCGCGUCUUACUUCCAGAGCGUCUCUCUCUCCACAAUCCAUACCCUGCAUUCCAUGAUGCCCCUUUCUCAUAACAAGGUAAUCGAGUAACAGUGUUUUAGGGGGCCUUUAAAAUCUUCGAACCACAAUGUUCUGCGCAGUUUCCGGUGUCACACCGGAGGAUCCCGUAGUUUCGAAGAAGUCAGGACUUCUUUUUGAGAAGAGAUUGAUAGAGAGGCACAUAUUGGACUAUGGGAAAUGCCCUGUCACUGGAGAGCCUCUAACAAUGGAUGAUAUUGUUUCUGUCAAGACCAAUAAGGCUGUGAAGCCGAGACCUCUACAAGCUGCGAGCAUCCCGGGAAUGCUGGGAUUGUUUCAAAAUGAGUGGGAUGCACUAAUGUUAUCAAAUUUUGCAUUGGAGCAGCAACUACAUACGGCAAGGCAAGAGCUAAGUCAUGCUCUAUAUCAGCAUGAUGCUGCAUGUCGUGUCAUAGCAAGACUUAAGAAGGAAAGGGAUGAAGCAAGGGCUCUGUUAGCCCAGGCAGAGAGACAGAUUCCCACGACUGCCUCAGAUGCUGCUUCAAUGCAUACUGCAGUUGUCAGCAAUGGAAAAAGAGUUGCUGAAGAUGAGGAGUUUGGUCAUGGUGCUAAGAGAAUACGUCCAGGUAUCUCCGCUGAGAUCAUUGCUGAACUUACAGAGUGCAAUACAACACUUUCUGGGCAACGCAAGAAACGGCAGAUAUCAACAACACUGGCUCCAAAGGAGGCUUUUGAGAGAUACACUCAGGUCUCAAGUCAUCCAUUACACAAAACUAACAGGCCAGGCAUUUUAUCAGUCGAUAUCCAUCCCUCGAAGGAUGUUAUUGCAACUGGAGGGGUCGAUGCAAAUGCUGUUCUCUUUGAUCGAUCAUCUGGGCAGAUCCUUUCUACUCUUUCGGGGCACUCGAAAAAGGUCACAAGUGUCAAAUUUGUUCCUCGAGAUGAGUUCUUUGUGAGUGCUUCAGCUGAUAAGACUGUUCGUGUGUGGCAAGGGGCUGAAGAUGGGAACUACAAUUGUCGGCACAUACUGAGGGAUCAUACUGCAGAGGUGCAAGCUGUCACAAUACAUGCCACACAUAAUUAUUUUGUGACUGCAUCGUUGGAUGACACGUGGUGUUUUUAUGAUCUCGCUUCUGGGUUAUGUCUUACCCAGGUGGAUCUUACAAAGGCAUCAGCUGAUGAGUUUUCUGGUAAGAAAGGUGGCUAUACAUCAGCAGCUUUUCAUCCUGAUGGUCUCAUCUUAGGGGUUGGGACAUUAGAAGCUUGUGUAAGGAUUUGGGAUGUGAAGAGUCAGUCAAAUGUUGCAAACUUUGCUGGACACGAUGGGCCUGUCAAUUCCAUAUCUUUCUCGGAGAAUGGGUACUUCCUAGCGACUGCGGCUGAUGAUGGCGUGAAGCUCUGGGAUUUACGGAAGUUAAGGAACUUCCGAUCCAUCUCACCCUAUGAUUCACAGACACCAACAAACUCAGUUGAGUUCGAUCAUAGUGGGAGUUACCUUGCUAUUGCUGGUUCAGAUGUGAGAGUGCACCAAGUUUCAAAUGUGAAGCUUGAAUGGGAGCUUAUCAAAACAUUUCCAGAUUUGUCAGGCACAGGGAAAGUUACCUGUGCCAAAUUUGGUCCCGACGCAAACUACUUGGCCGUGGGUACACAGGACAGGAACUUGCGCAUACUUGGUUUGCCUCCUGCUGGAACUGAAGAAGACACAAACGACUGAUUGAGCUCCGUUCUCUACUUUCCAUGCCAAAUACGGCCACAGGUCAGAGUUUUAGGAGAGAUAAAAAAAGUCAUCUUGAUACAUUUUGGCUAAUCUGAAUUUUUGGUCAUUCGGUGUUAUUAAAGUCUAUAAUUAUUCCUUGUGUAAAUUGCUUGUACACUUAGAAUUUUGCAGAGCAAUUUCACGUGUUCUCCCACUUUGGCAGAGCACCCUGUAGUUUGCAACUGCGAUUAUGGACUUAGAACGUACAAGUUCUGCCCCUUGUACUGUAUUUAAGGUGGAAAUGAGCUGGAACAUCACAAGUUUUAGACUCCACGGGUACUUGGGACUUAAAUGAGAGUGUGGUUGGGUUUCUCCUUGUUUUCCCUAGAGCUUAUACUAACCUUGGAUGUUAUGUUAUUCCUGGUUGAUAAUGUUAUGAUUAACCGUGCUUUGACUCUACGAAGAGUUCCUGCUAUUGAUUUCACAAAGCAGGAGAUCCAGGUGGUGGAAUGAUUUUAUAAAUGUGUAUUAUAGCGCGAAAUGCUUACAUUAA